AUGACAUUUCAAAAACUGGUGAAUUUCCAGCUGGACUAUGCUCCUCAGUUCAAUGUGGCGAAGUAUAUCUCGCCCAGAACCAAAUUGCAAUUGGUUCACAUCAACCAUAAGGCAUCCCCACUUGUAGAGGGUUAUUUCGCUGUUGCUACAGAAUGUCCAAACGAUUCUGGUGUACCACAUACGCUUGAACACUUGAUUUUCAUGGGCUCCAAGAAAUAUCCUUAUAAAGGUUUGCUUGACACCUUGGGUAACCUGUGCAUGUCGUCCACCAACGCCUGGACUGCCACCGACCAAACGGUAUAUACACUAACGAGUGCUGGGUGGCAAGGGUUUAAGAAGCUAUUGCCGGUAUACUUGGAUCACUUAUUGAACCCAACUUUAACUGAUGAGGCAUGUGUUACUGAAGUGUACCACAUUGACCCACAGGACUUCUCUGAUAAAGGUGUGGUAUAUAGUGAAAUGGAAGGUAUAGAAUCCCAAAGUUGGUUUUUGACUUCAUUGGAAAAGCAAAGAUUGAUGUUCCCGGAAGGUAGCGGUUACAGGUCAGAAACUGGUGGUUUAACUAAGAACUUGAGAACACUUACAAAUGAUGAGAUCAAAGAAUUUCAUAAAAAGAUGUAUUCUCCACAAAAUCUGUGUUUAAUUGUAUCUGGUAAUGUACCUGAAGAUGAACUGCUGGAGAUAGCAAGUAGAUGGGAUGAAACAUUGCCUACUUAUAGUGAUGCAUCCAUAAGCAGACCUUUCGUGGACACACCAGACUCUCAAAUCCCAGAGAAAAGAACUCAGAUCGCAAGGUCUGUAAUUGAAUUUCCGGAAGCUGAUGAAUCUCAAGGUGAAAUACUACUCUCCUGGAUUGGUGAGAAAUAUGAUUCUUACGAGAGAGAUUUGGCUGUUUCUAUGCUAUUGGAAUACUACACCGAGUCUAGUAUCUCACCCUUCAAUAAAGAAAUGAUUGAGAUUGAGGAUCCAUAUGCUAAUUCAGUAGACUACUAUACUGAUGACUACCUAAGAACAAUCAUCAACUUGAAUUUGCAUGGUGUUCCAACGGAAAAACUCGACAUUACUGUAAAGAAAGCAAUAGAGUUAAUGACUACACACAAAUUUGAUCUUGAAAGAAUGAAACAGGUCAUUGAAAAUUCCAAAUGGGACUACGUAUUGAGGUGUGAAAAGACACCAAGUGAUACCUUGUCUCAAGCUGUAAUUUCCGACUUUUUGUAUGGUAAAACUGAUGGAUCAUCAUUGGUUGAAACGCUGAAAAAUUUAAAUGAUUACGAUAGAAUAAUUAAUAAUUGGACAGUUCAGGACUGGGAAAAACUCAGGGAUGAGAUAUUUGUUGAAAACAAGCCAGUUGUUGUUAUUGGGAAGCCAAGUGCUAAAAUGAAUGAAGUUCUAGAAAAAGAGAAGGAGAAUUUACUACACAGCAGAGAACAACAAUUUGGCGAAACUGGUAGAAAAGAAUUGAAACAAAAGAUUGACAAUGCAAAGAAAACAAACGACGUCGACAUACCAAACACUAUUCUGGAUAUGUUUGCAAUCGAAAAUCCUGCUGCUAGUGUUGACUUUAUCAAGACAGAGGGAAAGAAGCAUGAAACUACUAGAGAAUUUCCAUUACCAUUCCAUGUUGAGAGUUUUCCAACUGAUUUCGUUGAAAUGCACUGCUUAUUGAAUUCCAUGUAUGUUAAAGACACUGAACUAUUACCAUACUACCAGGUUUUUCAUGAAUUGUUUUCUCUACCUAUGAAGUCCAGUGAUGGCUCCAUCUUGUCGUAUGAGCAAGUAAUUUCACAGCUAAAAGACGAGACAUUAGAAACUAAAGUUACAUUGGGGCUUUCUGGAGCUUGCCCUGACUUAAUUGAUAUAAUGAUUAAAUGUAGAGCCAAAGACUAUGCUAAAGCCGUUGAGUGGUUCAAUCAUGUCUUAUUUGAUAUGAUUUUUGAUGAAUCAAGGAUCAAAGUCCUGCUGGAGAAUUAUUUGGAUUCUAUUGUUGAACUAAAGAGGGAUGGACCCAUGAUGCUUGAGUCGAUUACGAAUAGAAAUCUAUAUUCUGAAAGAUCUUUGAAGAAGUCGAUUGAUCCUUUAUAUGCUGAAAGUAUUCUUGAAGAUGUCUUAGAAGAUAUUGAAAAAGGAAACUUUGAAAGUAAUAUUCUGCCUAGACUAGAAACAAUGAGAUCUCAAUUACGGACUCAUUUCACAAAGUUCAGAAUUCUGGUUUUAGGAGAUGUCUCCAAAAUAGUAAGUAGCGGUGGCUUAUACGAACCAUGGAAUGGUUUAUUAAAAAAUAUGGAGAAGGAUAAUGCUGAAUUUGGUGACCAUAAAAUUCCUCCAGCACCAAGGCCAUUACACUUUGUUUCAGAUAUUUGUUCUAAGCCAAGCGGUCAGGUUUUUAUUAUUACAACACCGGCAUCUGAAUCAUCUUUUAUGAAUGUGGUAACGAAAGUUCCAUUUGACCUUGAUUAUCAUCACCCCGAUUAUCCCAAGGUAUGCCUAGCAUCCGAGUAUUUGCAAUGUGUAGAGGGUCCUUUCUGGAAGGGCAUCAGAGGUGCUGGUUUGGCUUAUGGUGCCUAUAUGUUAAAGCUACCGGAAAUUAACUCCUGGGGAUUUAGCAUCUAUAGAGGUGCAGAUAUUAUUGGUUGUUAUAAGGCAGGAAAAGAAAUUGUUACGUCCUAUGCUAAUGGUAAGACAAAGUUCGAGAAUAGGUUGAUUAGUGGUGCCUUGAGUAGCAUUAUUAAUAGUCUAGCAAGUAUGGAAGAUAAUUACUUUAAUGCUGGUUUGAUGGAUUAUGUGGACAACGAGCUAUAUAAUAGAGGUCCGCAUUUCAAAGAUAUUUUCUUAGAAAGAUUGGGACAGGUUUCAGCUGCUCAGCUAGAGGAGAUGAUGAGCAAAUAUCUGGUAAAUAUCUUCCAGCCACAACAUAGUACAAUCUUUUUAAGUUGCCAUCCUUCAAAGCUUGAGUCCACACAAGAGUAUUUUGAGAAUGAAGGUUUUAAUGUUAAUGUGGAAGAGUUAGAAGAGGAUGUGGAUGACAGUGAUUAUGAAUCAGAUGACAGUGAUGUCAGUAUGAAAUAA